AUGUCAACUGAAUAUGUGCAGACUCACAAGAUAAUCUGAGACAGAUUGGAUGGGCAAGAGACUUGCUGUAACCAUUUGGAUGAUCUUUCUGAGAAGCUGCUCAAAAGUUGUGAACUCAAGAGGAUACCAAAAAAAGGGAAGACUCAUCAAAUUUCUCAGAAAAGUAUUCUUUCAGACCAUUUAUUUAUGGGGUAUGACUUCUCUGAGAAACUACCCCAAAAUAAUGUUCAAAAACCAGAGCAAGAUUAGAAAAAAAACAGAAGGAAAAAUACUCCUGCUGUAAAUACACCACCUCUACUUGCAGUCUACAAGUAUUUGGAACUGCUGAUUUCAGAAGCUUCUAUAGCAGUUAUGUCCAAUCAGCAGCCAAUGGACCACUUUACCUGUACAGCUAGUGAUGAAUCAAAGAAGGUGUAUAAGAGGCUCUCUCUGAGGGAGAUGGGACAUUAA